AGGGCUACACAAUGAUACGCAGCUAAUGAGCCAAUGUACAACAUCCUGGAGUGGAGGUAUUUGUCUGAACUUGGAGCUCGAGCCCUGGAAAUCAAAACAAAGCGUCAGAGGAGCUCAGAGAUCCGUGAUUUGUUCUCCUCGAGUCCUGACACAGAUAACAGGGAACGGAUCAAAUAUUAAGGAGGGCAGGAGGUUACCGGAACAGAGGGCUGUCUUUAAGUCUGGAAGCAGACGCCUUCUGUCUUACUGUAAGGUUUGUUCUCUGAAGAAUAACGCCCUCCUUUGAUUAUCAGACACAGUGUGAAAAUGGCCUCAGACGAGCUCUCGUCCAAGCUCAGCCGUCGGCUCCAGAUCGAGGAGGGAGCCGAGGAACCGGUGGCCGUGGACCUCUCGGGACAGGAGAACGGGUCGGAGGAGAAGCCGACCACGGCCAACGCGGACACGGAGCUGGGGAAGAAGCUGCUGCGGCGCGAGGAGCUGAAUGAGGGGCAGGGGGAACACGUGCAACCCAGCAUGAAGGUUUUCAACGCUUACACCGAGUUCAAGGAGUUCUCCAGACACCAGAUAAAAGACAUGGAGAAGAUGUUCAAACUGUAUGACGCUGGCAAAGACAACUUCAUCGACCUGAUGGAGCUGAAGCUGAUGAUGGAGAAGCUGGGCGCUCCUCAGACUCACCUGGGCCUGAAGAACAUGAUCAAGGAGGUGGACGAGGACCUGGACAACAAGCUCAGCUUCAGAGAGGUCAGACACAGCAGAUUAGAACCGGUCCCAGAAUGUGACAAAUCUCCUCAGUCUGACCGAACGUGUCUGUGUUCUUCCUGUCCUCCUCAGUUCCUGCUGAUCUUCCGGAAAUCAGCAGCAGGAGAGCUGGCAGAGGACAGCGGGCUCUGUGCCCUCGCUCGUCUCUCUGAGAUCGAUGUCUCUGAAGAGGGCGUCAAGGGAGCCAAGACCUUCUUUGAAGCCAAAGUCAACGCUAUCAGUGAGUCCAACCGGUUUGAAGCAGAGAUCCGUCAGGAGCAGGAGGUCAAGAAGAAGCAGGCAGAGGAUCAGAAACAAAGACGUGCUGCUUUCAAAAAUCUGCAGUCGAACUUCAAGUGACCACACCUCCACCUCCUCCUCUCUCUCUCUCCUCUCAGGACCGGUCUCUCUCUGUGCUGCACUAACGCUGUCAGUGUGUCUGUGUGUGUGUGUGUGAAUGCUUCAUGUUCCUCAGACUGUCGUUGUCCGUAAUCAAACGCAGGCUUGGCUAAAAUACAAAGGAUGGAUUAAGCAUGAUUUGUGCUCUAACAGGUUAAAGGGAUUAUUGAUUAUCUGUGAUGUUUUUAUUUAGCUUUGCGGCUCAGUCACAGUCCGUACAGGCUCUACUCGCAGACUGUAGAUAAGAAGUGGACGUAGCUGCCGUGCUGUCAGUCAUUUGUUUGUUGUCUGCUGUUUCAAUCCUUACAUUUUAACACAGUUUAUAUACAUUCCUACAUCUCUGCGCUCGAAAUUAUACCCUGCUUUAUCGUCUAUUUGACUCCAAAGGGACCAUCAUUUAAUAAAUUAAUAUCAUGCUUUACUGAAGAACACUUGAAACUACAGAUUGAGAGCACAAACUAAUGAGGGAACAAAUCAAUCAAGUGAGAAAUAUGCUAACUUUAUGCAAGUAGUGCUGCCCCCUGCAGGAUAUUAGACAGAAUGCACCUUUAAUGCACCUCCUCAUUUGCAUCGAACCCUGCGGCUGUGUCCUCUUCUUGCAUACAGUCUGAGAUAGAGAGCUAAAUGAAUGCAUCAUUAUUACCACAGUGUGUCAAACACCAAAGAGCCAACCUUUUGCAGUCAUAAACCCUGUGGGUGCAAACACAGACCACUUCUGCUAAAUAAUAAUGCUUGAAUUCGUCAGUGUGACUCUGCAGAGUACUUCAAUCCUGCCUGAUAAUAUAAAUAAUUGCUGUGCAAUUUUUUGGCAUCGAAUAAACCGUCAAAAUUGUAAUUUUGUUCCUCCAUUCGGCCUUCCUGGAUCGUGUUUAAUCGUCUCUCUCUCUUACCUCCGAACAUGCUCUUCUUUAAUGCUUUCAGCCUUGACACUGAGUGCCUGCCUGUAACAGCAGAAAAAAACAGGCCCUGCACCCAGUUCAUACCCUGCAGUGAUGCCCCCUUGCAUCGUCUCGAGUUAGAAAGACUUUAAAGAAGAUGUUAUAUUUUAAUGCUCAAAACCAAUCACUCUCUUUUAUCAGCGAAAAAAUGCGACAACCUGAAGUCUUAUUAAAAAAACUCUAACUGUGCAGAAAAUCGGUAUGCAACAGAACUUUUUGACCCGUUUCCUUUCCUCCGCCCAGUUUGUCUCCUUGCAUUUUCAUUCAGUUCCUUUCCCUCGUGGUGAAUUACUUCUCAAUGAUUUCGGCCUCACAUGAAAGCAGGGUACGUGUUUGCAAAGACUUCUGACGUGUGCACUUGUGUCACUGUUUUGUCUCUACUGUUUUUUACUCACCUUUUCUGUAACUCUGAUUAAUUCCACAGUGACACUUUGCAGACACAUCUGUCACUCUCUUAGUGUUAAAUGUUGAACGUUGAACAAAAAGCCGAGCUCUUAAUUUUUUACUGUCAGCUCUGUAUUUUUGUAUAAUAGGGUCGGGUGGGUAUAAGUAGAUUUUGAUAGUUGUGGUGUGGGAAUGUUGUGUACAAUGUUUUGCAUGAGUCAUGUUAGGUACUUUAUAAUAUAUUGUUCUUUUUUCUUUUUUUUAAGUUUCCUCUCUUAUUCUUAACUCAGUGACAUUUCAUUCCUCUACUUCAGAUUGAAACUUUUAAAUCAGCAAUGUGGAAGCAAAAGUUUCAAUACAAGACAUUCUUCCUGGUUCACGUGUGGUCAUCUUUUUAUCAGGACAGAAAGCACACUCAGGGUUCUCUUCUGAUGUAGAGUUCAGGUCAGCUCUGUAAGGGUUAAACAUUGAAAGAAAUGUCCCCUCCUCUGAUUGAACCUGCAGGAUAUCAUGUCAGCCACGACCACACCACGACCAUAUAAGGUGUUUAAAACCACACAGUGUUUUGCAUCAUGACUAAUCAGAAGUUUAACCUUCAUCGUGCUGACAGAUUGUGUCAGUAUGAAAAGGAAGGGGAAGUGUUAGUUCCUGCAGAGAUGUGAGUGGUUCUUCCUCUUCAGUGUGACUACGUUCACGUUGAUACCAAUCAGCUCACUUCCUGUGUUCCUUUCUUCGUUGUGAAAUCCAGCUUUUAGUGCAUUUUGUUCUGUCUUUAACCAAGUUAAGUAUUUUUCACUGAGAGGUUUGCACAGUUUGCACUUCCUCUUAUGCCCCAAUCAAAAGGAAGAUUUAGCCUUUAAAUAAAUGUUCCCUGGUAUUUAACAUCACCUACCUUUCCUUUAACUUCAAGUGUUAAUCCUGGGCCCUGUUGUUCAAAAGUAUCACAUCCAAUCAAAUUUUAAACAUCAAGUAAUCUAAUCUUGGUGUCUGUCCUCAUCAAACCUCCAAUUUAUGCUCCAAACUUUUGAGUGGGAUUGGGAUAACUUUGAUUCAACAAAUCAGGAUUUCCUGACCUCGGAGGUGCUUGAUCAUUUAUUUUGUUCUUUAAUUGCUUAAUCACUGCUGUGACACAAGACGCAAUAAAGACCUUUGAUGAAGAUUUUAACCCCAUAGUGUUUCACCAAAAUGCUGUUAAUAUCAAACAUCAAAUAUUUAAAGCAACAGUUAAGAUUUUUCUGUUUGUGUGAAGUUUGGCGCCCCCUGUGGACAAAGUAUGUCAUCUCAUUUAGAGCUCUGCUGAUCAGGAUUUGAUGAUACCUAAAAGGUCAAUCCAAUCCAGUUUUUCUUUAACAGCUGGGAUGAAUACAAACUGGAUUACCUAAUCACAAAUAAUCAGACUCCCAAAUCCAGAUCAAACUUUUUGAACUGCUGAGCCCAGGGGAACUUUUGGUGCACUGUGCUAAUUUGUGUAUGCUAACAUUGUGAAAUGCUAAUUUUACAGACACAAAACUUGUAUUUAUUAAAAAGAUCAAACAAACAAAAUAAUCCAUCCUUAAUAUAAGAAAUAAUCUACAAAACACAACUUUGAAUCAACUGUAGUGUGACCCAAACAAGUUUUGAGUAAAUCGUGAUGUCUCCUCUGAAUUCCACGAGUAACUGAAACCAAAUUGUUGACUCCUUUUAGUUGUUUUGGUAAAGUUACUGUGAGGCCUUUUUCAAAAGCGACCAAACCAGCCUCACCUCUUUCCCUGUUUAUUCCUAAUCUGAAGUCUAAUCUCGACGUCUUCCUUUUCACACGGUUCAGUAUCACAAUCAUCAACCUCUCAGUGUUUUUGUCCUCCUGUUUCCUGAUUCUUCCAUGCAGGUAGAGGACUGCUCCUCUCUUUUCACUAAGACUGGUGUUGUGUUGUGAUCUUAUUGUUGUAUAUUUCACAAAAUGCAGUUGUACAAAUAUUUGCAGUUGAAUGAUUUCAACCGAUUAAAGUAAAGCAGUAAUUUUUACACCA